GCCGGAUCAUGCAUAGAGUGCCAGGCCUGAGUAUGAGCAAUUGCUGGCGUCGGUUGACCAUAUGAGAACCAUAUAAUCUCAUCGUCUCAACUCUGGCUGUUAAAUCACUUUGUAGCUCUCCCUCUUUCAAAAUAUCCAACCAGCAGCCAGCCGAUAUGCUACCCCCUGAUCACUUCCUCCUCCAGCCUCGUCAGGACUUCCUGCUCGGCGUACAGGAGGGACACAUCGAUACCUCCACUCUUGCUGCACACGAUUUCGAUGUUGAUACUCGCACGGGUUUUAUGCCCCCAGAUCCGCCUUUAAGUAGACUCCCGGCGCAAUGGGAACUCUGGGAGACAGCACUAGAUGCUGCAAUGCGGGAAAAACUACAGCUUGCUGUCAAACUAGGUCUGACAGCUGAGGAGAAAAACUCAUCUGAGUCAUGGCGAGAACAUGUUCGACAGCUGCCUGUCCUCCCCAUGUCCGAGCUCACACACUCCGAGCUGCUACUCCGGCGCGCGCACCAUGUUCUCACCUUUAUCAUGCAUUUUUACAUUUACACACUCCCCCUAUCUUCCUCCGUGUUCAUUCCAGAACCAAUUUCUGUCCCCCUCGUCGCCAUAUCUAGUCAUUUGCAGUUACCCCCAGUCGUCACGUACUCUGACAAUGUCCUCUAUAAUUGGGACACCAUCCGCCCCAGGGCCCAAAACGAGCUUGGAUUUGAGGCCCCCGCUCUAGACAACCUUCGCAGUCGGGACUUGUUCUCCGGUACCAUAGAUGAGCAAGAAUUUUACCUUGCUUCGGCCCGCAUAGAGCUUUGCGGCGUCGAGGUUCUCGAGCUUAUGCGUGCAACUAUGGACGAGUUGUUCGUCGGCGACGAGAUAGCUAUCAGGCGUAUCACCGCAUACCUCCACAAGCUUGCGUCGAUCGUGCACGACCUCGAGACCAUCCUGCUCGACGUGCGGAAGGGCUGUGACCCUGACACGUUUUAUCACUCCAUCCGCCCAUGGUUCCGUGGCGCAGACUCCGAUCCUGCCCACAGGAAAUGGGUGUUCGAAGGUGUCGAAAAGCAGCCUAUCCACCUCUCAGGGCCAAGCGCAGGGCAGAGCGCCCUGAUCCAUGCUCUAGACGUAUUCCUUGGUCUAGACAAUUGCAAUGUGGUCGAAGGUGGUGUUACGCCGGACCAACGGACGCUAUUAAGAAGAAUGCAGAUCUACAUGCCGCGUCACCACCGCAAUUUCUUGCGACACCUCAGCACGAACCCCCGUCCUGUGCGGACGUUUGUGAUGCAAAUGAAGCCUGAUGUAGAGCUUUUGGACGCGUACAAUUCUGCAGUGCAGUCGGUGAAGGAGUUUAGGGAUGCGCAUAUCAAGAUCGUGGCAAUCUAUAUUAUUGGACCUGCUGCUCGUGAAAGGAUGGAACUCGAGCACGCAGGUCCACAAGCUCCGGAGGCUGGGAAACAAGUGCUGAAGGGCACUGGCGGGACGGAUCUAGUACGCUUCCUUAAAGGUGUUAGAGACAAAACUGCGGAGGCGGUCAUAGAGCCUACGCUGCAGUAGACCGCGUUGGAUCUAGGACCCUGGCAUAACAUAAGCAUCGGCAUUCAUGCAUUUGUUCAACUUAUUGGUCAAUAUUCUGACUCGCCAAUCUUUUCUCCUGUAUGGUGACAUACUCACUUUGCAUGAACUGCGUUUAAUUAAUCUCCCUUAGACAAACAAAAUGGUAGAUUGUUGUCACUAGAUUAUAUGACGUUCAAUGGGUUUAGUUCAGGUGUCGGACUUGUGAUUGAGAGUGUCUUCCAUCAAUGGUCAUC